CCCCUAAAUUCCAUAUCAUUUUCCAUAUCCAAAUCCCAGAUAUUUUUCUCUUCCUCUCAAUCACUUGUUUUGUUCGAUUGUUAAAAAGAGCUUUUCUUGUCAUGAGAUUAGCUCCAAAUCAGCGGGAGCUUCUUCAAUAAUAUUAUUAAUUAAUUAUUAUAUAUAUUAAUAUGCACCCCAGUGUCUUUUUUUACUAAAAAAGAGAUUUUUGUGAGUAAAUAAAUAUUCUUGAUGGAGUUCAGCAGCGGCGGAGGCGCUUCCAGCGGCGGCGACCACCACGACGCCUCCGAUCCGCACCGGAGGAAGAAGCGAUACCACCGUCACACGGCCCACCAAAUCCAGAGACUCGAAGCGAUGUUCAAAGAAUGUCCACACCCAGAUGAAAAGACAAGGAAUCUUUUAAGCAGAGAGUUGGGUUUGCAUCCUCGUCAGAUCAAGUUUUGGUUCCAAAAUCGAAGGACCCAGAUGAAGGCACAGCAUGAAAGAGCAGAUAAUUGUGCACUGAGGGCUGAAAAUGAUAAAAUCAGAUGUGAAAACAUAGCCAUUAGAGAAGCUUUGAAGAAUGUCAUCUGCCCCUCUUGUGGUGGGCCCCCUCUCUCCGAAGACCCUUAUUUUGAUGAGCAAAAAUUGCGCAUGGAAAAUGCCCAGUUGAAAGAAGAGUUGGAUAGAGUUUCAAGUGUAGCUGCAAAGUACAUAGGAAGGCCAAUCUCACAGCUGCCACCUGUCCAACCCAUCCACAUAUCCUCCUUGGAUUUGUCGAUGUCUAGCUUCGGCCACGGGCCCUCCCUUGACCUCGACCUCCUUCCAGGGAGCGUAAUUCCCAAUCUACCCUUCCCUCCCACCACCAUUUCCGAUGUCGACAAGUCACUCAUGGCUGACGUGGCGGCUGGCGCCAUGGAGGAGCUCGUUCGCCUCGUCCAAGCAAACGAGCCGUUUUGGAUGAAGUCGGGUGGCCCGGAUGGACGUGAAGUUCUCAAUCUCGAAAAUUACGAGAGGGCUUUUCCGAGGGCUAAUGGCCACUUGAAGAACCCUAAUGUGAGGAGCGAGGCUUCGAGAGACUCGGGAGUUGUGAUCAUGAAUGGGUUGGCGUUGGUCGAUAUGUUUAUGGACUCGAGUAAAUGGGUGGAAUUGUUUCCUACAAUUGUGUCAAGAGCAAGGACUAUUGAAGUCAUAUCAUUAUCUACUGGAAUGCUUGGAACACAUCAAAAUGGCACAUUGCAAUUGAUGUAUGCAGAGUUGCAGGUCCUUUCAGCACUAGUGCCAACUAGGCAAUACUAUUUCCUCAGAUUCAGACAGCAAAUUGAGCAAGGGUCGUGGGCCAUUGUCGAUGUCUCGUACGAUAUUCCUCAUCAAGACGAGCAAUUUUCUUCGUCACCUUGUAAAGUCAACAGGCUGCCUUCCGGAUGCUUGAUUCAAGACAUGCCGAAUGGGUACUCCAAGGUCACGUGGGUCGAACAUUGGGAAGUAGAGGACAAAGCGCCGAUCCACCGGCUUUACCGUGACCUCAUCCACACCGGAUUAGCCUUUGGAGCCGAAAGAUGGCUCUCGACCCUCCAAAGGAUGUGCGAACGAGUUGCGUGCCUGUUGGUUACUGGAAAUUCGACUCGUGAUCUCGGUGGAGUCAUACCUUCACCCGAAGGCAAAAGGAGCAUGAUGAAACUUGCACAGAGAAUGGUGAACAAUUUCUGCUCGAGCAUUAAUCCAUCCAACGGUCAGCAAUGGACCACAUUAUCGGGUGGUGGUGGUGGUCUUAACGAAUUCGAAGUACGUGCAACUCUUCACCGGAGUACCGAUCCCGGCCAGCCCAACGGUGUUGUUCUAAGCGCUGCCGCCACAAUUUGGCUCCCGAUUUCCCACGAAAACGUGUUUAAUUUCUUCAGGGACGAGCGUACUCGGCCUCAGGUCGCAAUCAUUAAUUUUCUCAAAAUUACGUGGGAUGUGCUUUCGAACCAAAAUCCGGUGCAAGAAGUUGCUCACAUUGCCAACGGAUCUCAUCCGGGGAACUGCAUUUCGGUCCUCCGGGCGUUUAACACGAGCCAAAACAAUAUGUUGAUCCUUCAAGAGAGCUGCAUCGACUCGUCUGGCUCGAUUGUGGUCUACUGUCCGGUCGACCUUCCGGCAAUCAACAUUGCUAUGAGUGGUGAGGACCCUUCGUACAUCCCGUUGCUUCCCUCCGGUUUUACCGUCUCGCCAGAUGGACGUGGGCCCCGUGCUGACGUGGCGUCAUCAAGCUCGAAUGUGGUGGAUGGGUCGUUGAUUACGGUCGUGUUUCAGAUCCUAGUCAGCAGCCUGCCCAUGGCUCGGAUGAGCCCCGAGACGGUGACUACAGUCAACAACUUGAUCGGGAACACCGUGCACCAGAUCAAGGCUGCCUUGAAUUGUGCCGGCUCCUGAUUUUAAUUUCUUUUUUAGGGUAAAAUGGGAAAUGUGUUGUGAGAAGGGAGAAGAAAAGAUUGUUAGUUGGGGGAGUUAAAGUCCCAUCAUCAAUGGCUGAGGCUGACUUAUUGCUGCUGUGUUUGCUGCUGCUGCUGCCUGUUUUUGCUGUCAAGGGCCUCAUUUAAAACGCACAGCAACUUUUUUUUUGUUUAUGGUUUUUUAUUNGAAGUUGUGGUGUUUUCUUGAAUGUCUGUUUACAUAAUAUAUAGGCUUUUGAUGAGCACAGCCAAGAAAAAUUACUGUAUGGUUCGGGUAUUGACUUCUUAUAUAUUU